UGAAUUACCAGAAGAACAAUAAGACCAUCAUCUACCGCAUGCUGGACGUGGCCAACCAGGUGGACUGGUUCUACCGUCCUCUGAACGUCCGGGUGGCGCUGACCGGUCUGGAGAUCUGGAGCGACCGGGAUAAGAUCCGGGUGGAGAAGAGUCCCACCGACACCCUCAACAAUUUCCUGGAGUGGAGAACCAGAGAGCUGCUGCCGCGCCUUCGCCACGACAACGCGCAGCUCGUCAUGGGCGGGUCUUUUGACGGCACCACCGUGGGGAUGGCGUCUCAGUCGUCCAUGUGCUCCAGAGACCGGUCGGGUGGAGUCAACGUGGACCACCUGGUCAGCGUGUUGGGCGUCGCCUCCACUGUUGCUCACGAGCUCGGUCACAACCUGGGGAUGAGUCACGACACCGCCGAGCGCCGCUGCUCCUGUCAGAACGAACCGCGGCUCGGAGGAUGCAUCAUGGAACCCUCGACCGGGUUCAUGCCGGGUCAGCAGUUCAGCAGCUGCAGCGCUGCAGAUCUGUCCGUCAGCCUGCUGCACCGGCGUAUGUGUCUCUUCAACGUACCGCAGCCGGACCGCCUGCUGGGAGGCCCUCGCUGUGGGAACCUGUACGUGGAGAGAGGAGAGGAGUGCGACUGCGGCCUGAUGGAGGAGUGUGAGGACCCCUGCUGUAACGCCUCCACCUGUCAGCUGGUUCCUGGAGCCCACAGUGCGUCUGACGGCAUCUGCUGCCACGACUGCAAGCUGCGGACGGCGGGGUCGGUGUGUCGCGAGCCACUCGGAGAGUGCGACCUCCCUGAGUUCUGCACAGGCUCCUCCCCUCACUGCCCCCCACGUCUUCCUGCAGAACGGAGAGCCCUGCGAGGACAGCGCCUCCUACUGCUACGGAGGAGUGUGCGCCAGCAUGCACACCAGUGCCAGAUGCUGUGGGGACCCA